AUGGCCUAUAAUGCUGUCGCCCAGGUCGAGGUGGCCUCUGAAUCCGAGUCGGAUCUCUCACGCAAUCCGUCACCUUCCGGCUUCCAACGGGUGGUCGACCGAACAACUCGCCUAGAACCCGCUAAAACUGCCGGCCCCGAGUCCCAGUUAGGCGCUAUUUACCGCUCCAUGACUUCCUCCAACUACGAUGUAGUCGAGGCCGAUGACUACGACGCCGAUCCUUCCCCCAAACAUCCCCCCAUUCCUCCACUUAACACGGCGGUCGCGCGACAUUCCUCCCCCGAUCCUCCCUUACGAAGUGCCUCCAGCGACAUCCCCAUUCCUCUCAGUCACCCGACCCCGGAUCUGCAAUCGCUACAAGGUGCCUAUGCGGGCAAUGUAGAGCGACUGGAACAAAGUGCAGAACGUCUGAGUUCCAGUACCGCCGAUAUAGCUAGUGAGAUCCGCAAACUCGACCAGGAGCAAAAGCGUCGAUCCUACAGCUCGGCUUCCAAUUCCGUAAUCAUGCGGAAUGGUGCAUUCUCCCCGGGCGCAAGCCUUACCAGAUCCCCUCAUGGCUCAACCCGAUCUCGAUCCACACGCCAACGCUCCCUCUCCAGUGGAUCCUGCCUGGCUCAGGUUGCGGAACCCGCCCAUGACGACGAAGGUCACUUUCUAGAUCAAUUCCCCACGACCCUUCCGAUCGCCCCACAAUUCCCCCUUCAUACCAAGAGCACCGGGCGCUUCUACGGUCAGUAUGAUGGUCCAGCGACUCCCGUGGCCGCAGAGGAGAUCGAGCGACCCGACACGGCUGCAUCGGGAGAUACUUUCCAGCAAGCGCGGACACUGUUUACCGACUUCGAUGGCGUCCAUUUUGCCCCCUGGAUCCCGCCGAUCCCGGACCCGCCUCUGGCCAGCAAGCCGGAAUUGUACAAGGAGGCCCAGGCUGACCAGAACAUGGUUUACUAUCCUGCGCCGGUCCCGCGCAUGUUGAACCUUCCACCAAAACUGUCUCGUAGGCCACCAAUUGCCGAGCGUGAGAAACGCCGUACGCAGAUAUUGACUGCCAUCGCGGCCGAGGAUAGGAAAGCGAAGUUUGGCGAGGAAGGAGCGACCGACGGUCAGAAAGACAAAAGGCAAUCACAACUGCCUCAGCAACUUCGGGCAAGCGUCUUCUUUGAUCCACCUAGUACUACGCUCGAGCUGGAAGUUAAGCAGGAGUCGGCGGUUGCAACGCUUGAUAGCAUCCUCGACGCUUCGGCACAUGCGCCUGUCUCGGCUUUCACAGAUCAUCCUUACGCGGGUCACGUUGGAUCAUACGUUUAUGGGCAGGAGCGGAAGACCCUUCGAAAACAAAAGUCAGAUCGAAACUCUCAGUUCCCAAUGGGGCAGCAGCAGAGCACCAAUACAGAGAUUGCGUCAGAUGGCUCAGCCCAUUCUGACAGCGGAUUGCAACAGGAAGCACCGGAGAGCGGUCAUCCUCAGAAUGACUCCGAGGGCUCAGAUGUGUCAGAGAAUGAAGGUGAUGAGCACUCGACAGAGAGUGAGGAUGAUGACGAGGAGUCGGACUACGUGGGACCGCCCAACACCUUACUAGCGGAAUUGGAGCUGCGGAAGCACGAGCUUGCGCAGCGAAGACGUACAGUAGUCCCUCAAUAUACGCCUGGUAUGCAGAACACGCUGUUGGAGUUAGAUGCGAUGGCUCAGAAACAGAGCGAGAAGAGACGACGCCGGCCAGUAACAUUAGCCUGGGGUAAUCGCCAUGCUGCUGACGAUGAUGACGUUCCUCUUGCAAUGUUAUAUCCCGAACAGGUAAAUGGGGAUGAUCCGAAUCAACCACGCGGUCUGAUGGAGAAACACCAUGUUGAGGAACAUGAGCCCUUAAGUACACGUCGUGCUCGGCUGAGGGGGGAACCAAUUCCUGAAAAACGACCUGUCACAGUUUAUGCCGUUGAGAAGCCGCAACCUGCACGGGAGCCCGCCACAGAGGACGAUGCGGCAGAGGACGGUGAGACUCUAGCCGAGCGCCUGAGACGAUUGAAAGGACAAAAUCCAGCGGAAUCCGAGUUCUCUAAUAAUCUUCUCGCUGAAUUUGACAAUCGCCUCGGUUCAAACCAUGCCACAGAAACUGCAUCAGCCCCUCAACAGCCACCGGAGGAGGAGACUCUCGCACAGCGGCGUAUCCGUCUACAGAAGCAAAGCGGUGCUCAGCCUGGCCUCGCAAAGAAUCCACGGGAGCGAAGAAGCAUGGCUGCCCUGCCUCAAGUCCGGCCGUCACAUGUAGUCCGCAAGUCCUCUCACGACGUAUUCCAGCAACCCAAACCGAUGCAGCAAUACGGAAGCCGCAUGUCCCUGCAGCAGUUCCCGACCAGCAUGGGGUACCCAACACAUGCAAACCCAGCGAGUCAGCCACCCCCACCACCGUACAGCUAUGGACCGGGCUACCCACCUCCCUAUGGCUAUAAUAACACCAUGAUCGCCAUGCAUAACAUGGGUUACCCAAUGCCUAAUGCGUGCGGGCCGACCAUGACCCGCCAGCCUGUUGAUCCCAAUCAGCGGGAUGUCAUUGACCGAUGGCGGCAAAGCAUUCGCUAA